AUGGAUUCCGACACCGCUUCGGAGUCAUCUUCCAUAGGGGAUGUGGUGGAGGACACUCGCCGCCGCGGUCGAGAGUUCACUGGCAAGAUCAUCGCGUCCUCUUGGCCCAUCCGUGUGGCCCUGUCUUGUGUCAGCCAAGAAGGACUGCAGCCCUGGCAGAGUUGCCUGCAGCCCGAGGAGCCGUGGCCGAUGCCAACAAGUUUCGCGACAUGCAUGAAAAUGGAUGGUUUGCUGGAGACCUUCAUGGAGACGAACUUGGAGCCUCUCCAAAAAUACCGGCGUGGCGAACACCGGCCUCCGGUCAAUGUCUUCCGCUCAGCUGCCAUUGCAGAGAUUGAGGAGGCCCCUGAGGGGUGCCGAAUCGCAGAAGUGAUGUUCUUCAAUGACAGCUUCUUCCGCAACGUGUUGCCGCACUUCUUCACAGACGCGACAGCCAUGGCUGUUUGGGCCAGGCACAUCUCCAAGCCAAAGGUCGGAAUCAGCGCAACCCAUUCACUUCUUCGACAGGUUUCUUGCCCAGCAGAGGACGGUCCGGGCAUGAUCGAGUGGCUCUACGACCUCUUCGUAGCCUUUCAGGCUGUUCGUUAUUCACCCAACGGCGAGGCAUUGGAUUGCCUAGAUGCCGAUGUCGAGGUAGACCAUGCGUCCAUGACCUUGGGAGACUUGGUCAAAGUUGGCUCACACGCUUACAUGAUUGGGAUCGACGGUAUUUACCGUCUGCAGCUUGAUGAUCCGGAGCCGAGCGCUGUCAGGGUGGAGGAGUUCUUCGCGAUCCAAGAGCAGCAGGGAGUCCAUUUGGAAGAAGGUGACCAAAGUACGUCCCCUACCUCCACUUCAGACGCGACAGGCAGUUCAGCCAUGGAUGAAAGCGAGGAUGACGAAGAGCUCAAAAGACACUAUGCCAUGUACAUGGCACCCGAUGAAUCGUGGUGGUGCAGGCCCAAGGACAGAAGGGGGCUUCGUACUGAGCUCAGCCAGCGCCGCGCUGCUAUGGAAGCAGGGCAAGCCUCCCAGAACAAGGACAAGUACAACAGCAAGACAAAGACUAAGAAGCAUUGGCAGCCCAAAUUCUUGCGCAGCAGCUGA